AUGGAGGGGGGCGUGGAGGGGAUGGUGGCCGUCAUCAGAGGUCUCCAGGACACUGGGCUAGCUGUGACCCUGAUAAACGGCGAGCUCAACACUAGGGCUAGUGUCUAUGCGCCAAGGGCGGUGUCUCCGUUACCUUCUCAACCGACGCGCAACACUGACGGCACCAACACUAAUGUACUGCGGACGAACAUUGGCGCCCAAGCGUGUGACGGCAGAUACACAAGUAGCUACCAGCUAGCCCACUGCAACCAGAGACCGUCUUCUCCGCCAGUUCUGCCACCAGAAUUUCCAUUGAGGAAGGACGUACCAAAAAGUAAGCACAUUAUCUUCAAGCCGCGAGAUUCCAGUAACUUCGAAGUGGGUUGGAAGCCGUAUGGUAUGAAUGAGCUACCAUCGAGCAGUCUUCGGGCAGCCGGCUCCACAACUCCUUACAGAUCCACCUUCCACUAUCCCGAUAGAGGUCCCCCAUCAUUCGAGAACAAAGCAUCGGAUACCUUCGCGGCGUCCCUCAGGAGAUAUUCCAUGUCACCAGAUAGGACUCUAUCUGCUGAGCUGGUCCAAAAGCUGAUUAGUUUCACUGUUAACAAGAAUAAUGCAAACUCGAAAGCUUCUACCACGCUCAAAGAGAAAAUCGAAGUUGUGAAGAAGAGAUUUAAAGAUAAAGACGUACAAACUUACACUCGGAGCAGACCGAAAAAGGAGGGGGUGAUAGACGUGGCUAAGGGGAAGUCGGUUAAGCGGAUGAGGACGCGAUCUCCCGUCAAAGAUAGCAGAUAUAAGAGGCACAAUGACGGCCAAUUGAACGAAACAUACGAUUACCUCAAAUCCAACACCCCCCGGGUCCGCUGUCUAUCCCCAGAGGUGAGGUACCUCAGCGAUGUGUCCAGAUGUAUCAAGGAGACAAUAAGGCAAAUAGUUGACGGCCAACCUGAGGUGUGCGCUGAAAUGCACAACCGUUAUUUAGCGCACAGAAAGAAAUGUCCGCCCAAGGGAUCCAAGCAGGUCGGCGAAAGCAGCCAAUCCCGAGAUUUUGAAGGCAAAAGUGGCGAAAAUCUAGAGGAUUCAGCUGUAGACACCUGUUUGCCUACCUGUCCACUCAUGACUGCUCCGUGUUGCUACUGCAGCAAAGAAUCAUCACUCACCAAACGAGACUCGAAAGAAGAGUUCGGUCAAAAAGUGUCAGAAAAAAUCGGUACCUGGCUUCUAAAUAUACCCGCUCAUGCAAAUAUUAGUUUAAGUGAUAAACAAAAAAGAAUUGACAUGAUUGAAAAUCUAGCAAAUGUUAUAGCUAGCUUAAAAGAUGAUGAUGAUAUUGAGGAGAAAGCCAGAAAGGAGAUCGAUAAAUGUCUUGAUAGAUUGCCUAUGUGGCUACCUAGUGCGAAAUCUGAAAGGGAUGGGUUCAAAAAUCUUAUCGCUAAUAAUUUGAUGAAUAAACUGAAACAAGUUUUCAAAGGUUCCGAUAAGUUUGACGAUGAAAUCAGUAACUGGGUUGACAAAAUCAGAUUCAAAAGUAGAGAUAGUUUAGGGGAGGUGGUUGACAAGGACAAUAUAGCUAAUAAUAUUUCGGACCGAAUAAAAUCCUCAGUUCUUGAAAAGCAUGACCAGGAUGAUUUUCAAGAAGUGUUGAAAAAAGAAAUCGUUCAGUUACUGGAAGAAUUGCCAAUAGUUGCUGUUGGAGACAAAGAACAAUUUAUUGAUCAACUAGCUGACAAAUUGACUAACACGAUUAGUAAAAUACCUGUAAGUGAGAUGAAGUAUAAAGGUGAUGAAUUCGACAAUAAGAUUUCAAAGUGGAUGUCAGAUAUCAAAUUUAAAAAACGAGACAGUGAAGGUAAUCUUGUCGAUAAACGUAAUAUUAUUGAUAAAUUUUCAGAAAGAUUAAAGUCACUGGCUCUUGAAAGACCAAGUAAUAACGAAGAAUAUCAUGAAUGUUUGAAAAAUGAAAUUAUUGAUAUACUUGGAGAGUUACCUUUAGAAACAAGUGAAAAUAAAGAACAAUAUAUAGAUAAACUAGCAAGCAUAUUAACGGACGAAAUUAAGAAAAUUCCUGCCAGUAAAAUAAAGCCCAAACGUGACAAAUUUGAUGAAAUUAUUUUACAAUGGAUUGGCGAUGUCAAAUUCAAGAAAAAAGACAGCCAAGGAAUCGUCGUAGAUAAAAAUAAAAUUGCCGAAGAAUUUUCAGAGAGAUUAAAAUCUUUGGCUACUGAACGCCCAGAAGAUGACAAAGAAUACCACGAAGCCCUGAAAAAUGAAAUUGUCGACAUUCUUGAAAAAUUACCAGUAGAAACGUUUGGCAAUAAAGAACAAUUUAUAGAUAAGCUAGCUACAAAUUUAACAAAUGUGGUUAAGAAAAUUCCAGUUAGUGAAAUAAAGCCCAAAGGAGAUAAAUUUGAUGACAAAAUUUCACAAUUCCUAAAAGGUGUCAAAUUUAAAAAGAAAGAUAGUUCGGGUAACGUUAUAGAGAAAGUGGAUAAACGACAAAUAGCAGAUCAAUUUGCUGAGAGAUUGAAGUCGAUUGCUAUAGAGAGACCAGAAGAUGACAAAGAAUAUCACGAAGUACUAAAAAAUGAAAUUGUUGAUAUCCUGAAUGACUUGCCAAUUGAGACUUUUGGAGACAAAGAUAAUUUUAUUGACAAAUUGGCUACGAAACUUACUAAUGUAGUGAAAAAAAUACCAGUCAAUGAAAUCAAAACUAAAGACGAUAAGUUUGAUGAUACGAUUUCACAAUGGAUCAAAGAUAUCAAAUUCAAGAAACAGGACAGCCAAGGAAAUAUUAUUGAUAAACAAAAAAUAGCCGAAGAAUUUUCAGAUAGACUGAAAUCAUUGGCAGCUGAUAGGCCGGAAGAUGACAAAGAUUAUCACGAAGCACUGAAAAACGAAAUAGUCGAUAUUCUUGAAACUUUACCGGUAGAAACUUUUGGAAAUAGAGAUAAGUUCAUAGACAAGCUAGCCACGAAAUUAACGAAUGUCGUUAAAAAAAUGCCUGUCAGUGAAAUCAAACCCAAAGGAGAUAAAUUUGAUGAAAAAAUUUCUCAAUGGAUGGAAGAUAUUAAAUUUAAGAAAAAAGAUAGCUUGGGCAAUGUCGUAGAGAAAGUAGAUAAAGGACAACUAACAGCUCAAGUUGCUGAGAGAUUAAAGUCAAUUGCUAUUGAGAGACCAGAAGACGACAAAGAAUAUCACGAGGCACUAAAAAAUGAGAUUGUUGAUAUCCUUAAUGACUUGCCGAUUGAGACUUAUGGAGACAAAGAGAAAUUUGUUGACAAAUUGGCCUCUAAACUUACUAAUUUUGUGAAAAAAAUACCCGUCAGUGACAUCAAAACUAAAGGUGAUAAAUUCGAUGACAAAAUUUCGCAAUGGCUGGGAGAUAUUAAGUUUAAGAAAAAAGACAGUUUGGGUAACAUAGUUGAUAAGGGAAAGAUCGCUGAUACAUUUUCCGAAAGAUUAAAAUCUAUAGCCAUUGAGAGACCAGAAGAUGAUAAAGAAUAUCAUGAGAUUUUAAAAAGGGAGAUAGUUGAUAUUCUUGAAGAUUUACCUAUUGAAACAUUCGGUGAUAAGGAACAAUACAUUGAUAAACUGGCCACUAAACUCACAAAUGUAGUAAAAAAAAUACCCACCAGUGUAAUCAAACCUAAAGGUGACAAAUUCGAUGACAAAAUUUCGCAGUGGCUGGGAGAUAUUAAGUUUAAGAAAAAAGACAGUUUGGGUAACAUAGUUGAUAAGGGAAAGAUCGCUGAUACAUUUUCCGAAAGAUUAAAAUCUAUAGCCAUUGAGAGACCAGAAGAUGAUAAAGAAUAUCAUGAGAUUUUAAAAAGGGAGAUAGUUGAUAUUCUUGAAGAUUUACCUAUUGAAACAUUCGGUGAUAAGGAACAAUACAUUGAUAAACUGGCCACGAAACUCACAAAUGUAGUAAAAAAAAUACCCACCAGUGUAAUCAAACCUAAAGGUGACAAAUUCGAUGACAAAAUUUCGCAGUGGCUGGGAGAUAUUAAGUUUAAGAAAAAAGACAGUUUGGGUAACAUAGUUGAUAAGGGAAAGAUCGCUGAUACAUUUUCCGAAAGAUUAAAAUCUAUAGCCAUUGAGAGACCAGAAGAUGAUAAAGAAUAUCAUGAGAUUUUAAAAAGGGAGAUAGUUGAUAUUCUUGAAGAUUUACCUAUUGAAACAUUCGGUGAUAAGGAACAAUACAUUGAUAAACUGGCCACUAAACUCACAAAUGUAGUAAAAAAAAUACCCACCAGUGUAAUCAAACCUAAAGGUGACAAAUUCGAUGACAAAAUUUCUCAAUGGGUGGCAGAUAUUAAAUUUAAGAAAAAAGAUAGUCAAGGAAAUUUAGUUGAUAAACGAAAGAUUGCUGAUACUUUCACCGAAAAAUUAAAAUCUAUAGCUAUUGAAAGACCAGAUGAUGAGAAAGAAUUGAAACCUAUAGCCAUUGAGAGACCAAUUGACGAUGAUGAAUAUCAUGAUUACUUAAAAAAUGAAAUAGUUAAUAUUCUAAACGAGCUUCCUAUAGAGACUUUCGGGGACAAAGGAAACUUUUUAGAGAAGCUAGCUAAUAAACUGACUAAUUUAAUCUUGAAAAUACCCGCCAGUGAAAUUAUGCCGAAACCAACAGGAAUUGAUAUAAAAAGUUCAUUUCAAGAUAAUAUUGUUAAUUGGCUAAAAGGUAUCCCAGAACUUUCUAUAAUUGGUAAUAUUAAUGAUAAAGGUAAUAAAUUAUUGGUAGAAAACUUGACAAAGAAAUUACAAACAAUACAAUCAAAAGGGAAAGACAAUGAAAGUGUAAAAAAAGAAAUGGAUCGGGAGAUUCAGGAUUGGAUGCAAGCAGCAUUAACAAAGCAGGGUGAGCAUAUUAAUUAUAAAACCAAAAGCAUGUUGUCAGACAAAUUGAUAAGGCAAUUAAUGAACACUGUAAAUGGUGCAAAAAAAGUAAAAAUUCAGACUGAUAAACAACCAUUUACUGAAGAUAUCUCAGAGUGGUUGAAAUAUAUACCACAGCUAUCAGGUGACCAAUCAGAGCAGACAAAAAUGAUCAGUGAUCUUGCAACAAGGAUACAAUCAUUUACAUCCGGAAAUAAAGAUGACAAAAAAGGUUUACAGAAUGAAAUUAUGAGUUGGCUGUCCAGUGAAACUGAGAAAAAAGGUAUGCGUAUAGAUUAUAGAACUAAAGAAGAACUGGCGAAUAAACUUGCUGAACAAUUAUUCCAUUCUAUGGCAAAAGAUAGAUUCAGUGUUGGGGUUCAAGGGGAAGAAGAAACGAGUAGAUCUGGUGCAGAUUAUAAAAAUGAAUGUAUGACAGAAAUACAAAGUUGGCUUGAAAAUAUACCGGAACUAUCUGGUACUAAACAACAGAAUGACAAGAUGGUUCAAAAUUUAACAAAAAAAAUGGAAGAACUGCAGUCUAAUGGUCUGAAAGAUAAAGAUGAAAUUCAGGAUGAGAUCACUGAUUGGUUAAAUACUGAAUUGGAGAAAAAAGGUACAAAACUUGACUUAAAAACUAGAAACAAUUUGAUUAGUCAACUUGCCGAUAACAUUGCUCAUAUCAAUCCACCGCAGCUAUCCGAUGAUGAAUUUAAACAUAAAAUUUACACUGGAAUUUGGAAUGAGUUGAAAAAAAUACAUGAUAUAGAAAAAUCUGAAAUCAAUGAAGAAUUAAUAAGACAACUUUCAGAAAAGAUGAAGUCCAUAUUGAAACAACAUGAUGACCAAAUAUCUGAUGAAAAUAUCCGAAAGGAAAUAACGGACUGGUUGGACGAUUUCAUUUAUACAACUGGCAUAAAACUUGAGUCUAAAAUUAAAAACAAACUUACAAAUGAUUUGAUAUCUUAUAUGAAGAAUGUUCUUAACCCACGGGCCAAACAUGAUAAAAUGAAACAAACAAUUUCAAGCGAAGUUUCAGACAUUAUAAAUAGUGAAACAUUAAAACUUAGCCCUAAAGAAAAGAAAAAUGUUGAAAGGAGAGUUUCAAAAUUUUUUGCUGAAAAUAUUGAUAGUUUGAUGUCUCCUGAUAACGAAAACAUUAAGUCCAAUAUAUUGAAAAUUUUGGGCCAAGAAACAAAUAUUUCAGAGGAAGAAGCCAAUCGAUUAACAGAAAAAAUAAUCAGCAAUGUGAAAAGAAUACCUUUGAGUCGUAAAAUUUCCCUUAAAGCUGAAUAUCCUGAUGGAAUAAAAGAAGUUAUACGAGGAAAUGUUAAAAAUGCUCUUAGAGAUUAUAAUAUUAGCAACGUCAACGAAAUCCAAAAAAAUAUAACGGAUUUGCUCGAAGAUCUAGUUUUACACGGUGUAGAUACUAAAACGACUAAGGAAAGAAUAUUCGAGUUACUUAAUUCCACAAACUUGCCUGAAAAUGAUGCUAAAGACCUAAGUUCAAAAUUAACUUUGCUAGGUUUAGAUUUGUCCUCCAUACGUGACGAAACGGCAACUUUACCAUCUGAAUUAACUCUUUUAGAAAAAGACAUGUUUCAAACAAGUGCUUUUAAAGAAAUAACGGAUUUCAUGGAGGAAGUGUUCGGUGAAAUGGAUCCGAAAUACAAGCGAAAAAUUCAAAUAGCUGCACAAAAACUUGUUGAGAGAUUAAGCGAUAUUAUGUCAGAUCGAAAUAAAUCAAAACAGGAUAAAGACAAUGUACUCAAAUCUGAAGUUUCAAAUUUUUUGAAGAGUUUCUCAAUUCCCGUUGAAGAAUACGGCCCUAUUCUUGAAAAUCAAUUACAAAAUAAAGCUGUUACUUCUACCCCUCGCGGGUCCAUGCAGGAUUUACCAAUAUAUUCCAGAAAAACAGGGCUUUCCUUUGAAUAUGAUUAUGUAUCUGAUUUAGAUAAUAUUAUAAAAAAUUGGAUUCGUAAUUUAUCUAUUGAAAUAGGUGAUGCAAGUCUUGUUGAUGAUAUUGCAAGAGGAUUAGCCACCGACAUAGCUGACAGAACAAAAUACUUAAAAAGUCAUGCUAUUAAGCAAUCUGAAGAUGAUAAAUUAGAAUUUUUAAAAUAUCAAAUAUUUAGAGCUUUAGGAAAAGUAGUAGAUGAAAACAAGUUAGCGUCAAUAAUGAAACAAAUUGUACCAUUAUACCGUAAAAUGAAUGAUAUCGCAUCGGCAAUGAACAUUCUACCUCAAACACCAAUUGAUGAUGAACGACUACAACAAGAUACUACUCAAUUUUUGGAAGAAAAUUUAUACAGUGGUAUUACGGAUUGGCUUAAAAGUCUGCCUUUAUAUCAACGAAGAAAUUCCAAUGAGAAACGUAUUCAAGAAAAUGUUGUCAAAGAUCUAAUCAAAGAUCUUAAAAACAUAAUUCUUACAGCUAAGGAUGAUGCAAAUAUAGAUAUAGAAAUGUUGCAAGCAGCGAAAAAUCAUAUACAAAAGUUUCCAAUGGAUCAAAAUUCAAAUUCCGACAAUGCAUACAUUGAAAAAGUUGCAGCACAACUUGUUGAUUAUUUGAAUAAUAUGCAGUUAUAUCAAAAUGUUUCAUCGAGACAAUCUACUAGACCUCUAGAAUAUUUGAUCUCUACAGUCAAUGAUUGGUUAGAUUCUAUUCCUUUAGACACUUCACAUAUUAGUCCGAAUCAAUUAGAAACAUUAAAAAUGAAUAUUUUGAAACGGCUUAAUCAAUUAAAAGAUAACAUUCAAGAAAAUGAACAAAUUAUUAAAGAUGAAAUACUACUCUUUCUACAAUCGUUGCCUUUAAAUCUUAUUAAGAUAAAAAAUAAAAACUUCGUGCAAAAAAAAGCUGAUGAAUUGUUUAAGAAUAUUUUAGGAACCCCUUUUCUUACUAGAUCUGCAAGACCGACAAUUGGUAGGGAUUUGGUUGAAUCUGCUGUGCAAAAUUGGUCAAAAAAACUACCUUACAAACCAGGCUCUACGCCUGAAAGUGUGUUAGAUCAAAUAAAUAAAUUCACUUCUGAUAUUUCUGAUAUGUUGAAAGAAACAAAAGUAACUGCUAUUGAUAAUGACGAAAACAAUUUGCUUGAAAAAACUAUUGAUUUUCUUAAGCAGAUGCCAAUACAGUUAGAAAAGAUGACGCAUGAGGGGCUAAAAAAUCUCGCUGAUGAUUUACUUACAACUAUCAAGAAUAAAGCAGCUGAUUUAUCGCCAAAAUCAAUGUCAAGAAAUACUAAGGAUACUCUGUAUGAAAAUAUUUCAACUUGGUGCGAUGAUCUCCCUAUAUUUGAAGGGAACACACCAGAAGAGAAGGAAAGAGCGAAUAAUUUGAAACAAAGUCUUGUGAGUCGGCUAGUUAACAAAAUUGGUGAGCUGAAUAUGAAUCCUGAAAUAUUGAAUGAUGAUUUUCUUUAUGAACAUUUGCUAGAAGAAGAAAUUGAAGAUUUAUUAAGUGACUUACCACCAAGUCCAGAAAUACAAAAUAAUUUUGAAUCUAUUAAGAAGAAUCUUAUGACAAAAAUAAUAGAAGGCAAGAAAAAAACUCAGGAUGAAUUAGCAGGACAAACUUAUAAGCAACAAUUACGAGAUACAAUAUCAAAAUCUUUGCCUUUUGACGUCAGCUUAGAUUCUGAUGGACCAGAAGCUUUUCAAGUGCUAGUUGACAAUUUGGCGGACGCAUUCGUAGAUUUACAUUUUGUGACUGAUGACGAAGAACAACAGGCAAAAUAUAAAAAUAAAAUUGCUGAUGAAAUCACUAAAUAUUGCAACAAUUUCUUAAAGCAUCACCCUGAAGCUCCUAUAGAUGCUGUUAAAAUAAAUCAAGAUUUGUAUAGUGCUUUGAAAAACAUACCAACACCUAAAGAUGAUAUUAUGAGAUCUGAAGCUGAACAUGUAAGAAUUAAAGACGAGAUAAGUAAUUGGAUAAAAGAUCUACCUUUAAUUGAAGGUUCUGGUCCUCAACAAGUUCAAAAAAAUAAAAUGGCUUCGGUUUUGGCAAAGAAACUCCUUGAAAUAGAGACAAACCCAGAAAUAGAUUAUGAAGAAAAGGCAGAAAAAGGAAUAUUGAAAUUUCUGAAGAAACUACCAAUAAAACCUGGAAGAGAAGCAGAUACCGAUAAAAUGGUUAAACAAUUAAUAGAUAAACUUAAGAGUUCCGAAAAGUCGAGAAAAAUAAGUGCUUCAAUUACAAGACACCCUAUUGAUUUGAGCCCUGACUCCGAUGUGAUAGAUUCAAGUGCUCGAGGUUCCGCUGAAUCUUCUGACGAACAUCAUCCUUCUCAUCAACAACAAAAAACAAGGCCUUGCAAAAACUUAUUAUGUCUUAAUAGAUUUCCAAAGAGCACUUUGAGUACAGACGACAGGGCACAUUUAGAAAGAAUCAGAAUUAGAUCUCGACCAUCACCAUGCCGGUUACAUAGAGAGCGUAGUUGCAAAGAUGCUUCAGUUAAUCCUGUCCCAGUAGAUGUCGCAAGUCAAACAGAUGUGUGUCCAAAUAUUUCAAGCAUAUGCCCGAGCGUAUCAUGUAGACCUUCUCCAUGUUCACAACAGGAUGAAGUGUGCCCACAAGUAAUUAUCAAAGAAUACCUUUGGGAUUCAUGUACUUCUAAACUAAUCGGCCCUGUGUACAGACUGCCUUGCGUAGAAGUAGACACAUCAAGUUCUUCCAUGCCGACGGCACAAAGACCUUUACAAAAAUCUGUUAGUAUACAGCCAAGUCCAUCCGUGAUUCCAGAAAGACCUUGUGCUCCACCAAACGUAGUGUCGACUCCAAGACCGUGUAUAAGAUCUCCAUGCCCAUCCCCACACCAGUUAACUCCAAAACCUUGCGUAAAUUUACCAAAAUCUGUAAUUUCAUCGUUACCUUCAAACAUUUGUACUAAUCGUUCAGUAAAUACAACUCCUUGUGAACCAGUUUCUCCUUGCCGUCCUCAAGAGAUGCCAUAUUGUACAACUCCAAGGCGGCCUGUGCGUCCAAGAGACUUUAACAUGCCAUUCAGACAACCAUGUUUUCAACCCAGUUUCUCAAAACCCUGCAGUCCGGUAGAGACUGAGAGUGACGCAGAACCAAGUCGAUGUUUCCCGCGGGUCAUCAACCUCGGAUCCUUUGACAUCCCAAAAAGUCCUUGCCAGAACACCUGUCGGAGACGCAGGAUAAUACAAGAGGAGGAACAUCUAUCUGAUUAUAAUAACUGUCAGGAUUAUAGACGGAAGAUACAUAGAAUGCAAAGCAAACCAUGCCAAUGUGAUAAUCGCAGGCCGAGGAACGUUUGCAGACAUAGAUCUAUCCACACGCCAUGCAGAUUCAACGAGAACGUUAGAAAGUGCUCUAAAUGUUGUGGAUUGCCGUGCCCACACCCUAUGGGAAUAUUUUUUAGAUAA